UACGUAUAAUGGAAAAGAGAUUUGGCAUCGUUUCGAAUCUUAUGUUUGCGUUCGGCGUUGCUUUAUUCUUCUCUAAUUUCACACGCUUUUAGUUUUAUUUGCUUUAUACUUUUUUGUCUCCUAAAGAGUUACAAAACGUAUGUUUCAUACUUGCUCUUCCUUCAGUAUCGAUGUGUUGGUAAACGAAUUUCGCUGCUUUUAGUUUAUUCGCUUAACCUUAAUAAUUGUGCUUUUUAUAAAUACACUUUUAUAUUGUACACAUGGCAGCAUUGCCAUUGUUAAUUCUCUAUUGAAUAUUUUUUAGAGGACAAAUAUUGUUGAAAGAGUAGACCAGAGAAAAAUUAUUAUAUUCUACGAAUCGUGCAGUGCGUGAAGAAUUAAGAGAAUUCACUUAUCAUUUUUAUUAAUUCGCCAAUCCGCUAUUUUAUAAAAAUCGGUUGUCCAAGGAAUUCGAACAUUAAUUUUUACAGGUUUUGAAUGACAAAAUGAUUCCAACAAGUGGUAGUAGUCAGUAUUUGAUAUUGUACAAUGCACAAUGCGGAGUUUAAAACAAAACAAAAUACUACUACAAGAGAACUACGUCAAAGAAAAUCUUACAAAAAGAGCUCCAAGUCUCGGAAAAAAAUGGUGGGUUCAGGCAAUGAAGAACUACUUGAUCAUGACUUGGCUGAUGUUAAGAUGGAGUUAUUGGGGAAUGAGUCUGACGAAGACUUGAGCGAUGACUGUGAUACAAAACAACUAAUAGCACCUUCCCAUUCAGAUUUAUCAAAUAAAAAACCUGAUAAAUCUACAAAAGUCUCAGAAGAAGCUAGCGAUGAAGAAAAUGUUGUUUCUACUUUUCUUCAAAUACUGAUUCCUUUUGCAUUAGCUGGUUUUGGAAUGGUGGCUGCUAGUUUACUCCUUGAUGUUGUUCAGCAUUGGCCAGUAUUUGCAGAAGUUUCAGAAGUUUAUAUUCUAGUUCCAGCCUUAUUAGGUUUAAAGGGUAAUCUAGAAAUGACUUUAGCAUCUCGACUUUCUACCCAAGCCAAUUUAGGUCACAUGGAUACAAAAAAACAGCAAUGGAGUUUAAUUGUUGGAAAUCUAGCCUUAAUCCAAUGCCAAGCUAUGGUUGUCGCAUUAUUAGCAUCACUUGCUGCUGUUGCCUUAGGAUGGUUACCUAAAGGAGAAUUCAAUAUUCAUCACGGUUUACUUCUGUGUGCCAGCUCAUUAGUGACAGCAUGUAUUGCUAGUUUUGUACUUGGUUUAGUAAUGGUCAUGGUAAUAUUGCUGUCAAAGCGUAUGAACAUUAAUCCAGACAAUGUUGCAACACCCAUUGCUGCAUCUUUAGGAGAUUUAACAACAUUAGCUCUUCUUGCUUGGAUAUCUUCUUUUUUAUAUAAUGCUAUUGCUGAAGCUCCCUGGAUAGCCCCAAUUAUAAUUGGACUUUAUGUAUUGGUCACUCCUGUCUGGGCUUUUAUUGCAGCUAAAAAUCCUUUCACCAAGGAAGUUUUAAAUCAUGGCUGGGCUCCAGUUAUUUUUGCAAUGUUAAUAAGCAGUGCCGGAGGCUUAAUUUUAGACUAUACAAUUUCAAGCUACGAAGGUAUUGCAGUUUUCCAACUAGUUAUUAAUGGAGUUGGUGGAAACCUUGCUGCUGUUCAAGCUAGUAGAAUAUCAACUUCAAUGCACAAACAAGAAAAUAAAGAUUCUGAAGAAACAACCGUCAUGUGCAUUAAUCCUUUCUAUGUCUUCUUUUCGAAAGGUGGACAUGCAAAAACAGCACGACUUCUUUUAACAAUGGUUAUUCCUGGUCACAUGUGCUUUAGUUACAUUAUCAGUUAUUUGAAAGCUGGACACACAUCAUUUACGCCUACUUUUAUGGCGUUUUACUUAACUGCAGCUUUUUUGCAGGUCAUAUUAUUAUUAUACAUUGCUCGAUUAUUGGUCGUUUGGAUGUGGAAUAGAGGCAUGGAUCCUGAUAGUACAGCUAUUCCCUAUUUAACUGCUGCAGGUGAUUUAAUUGGAACAGCUUUGUUAGGUAUUGCCUUUCAUUUACUUAAUGCCAUUGGAGAUGGAGAUUCUGAUGUUGGAGACUGAAAGAAAAAGGCAAGAUAUGUAUAUGUAAAUACAACUUUGUAUAUUUGAAUAUAAUUUUUAAUGGAUAUCUACUUUAUAUAAAGAUCGUCGUGUAACGUCGUGAUUUCAAAACAAAAUGAAAAAUUGGUUGUACCUAGGAUGUGAGUUGUAACAAAAAUCAAAAUUAAUUAUGAAUUGAUGACAUCGUUUUUAGGAUCAAAUAAUUAUUUUAAUGUAAAAUUAA